UAUUUCGAAUCGAGUUCGGGGAGCGUGAAAUGUGUCGUUAAUUGAAAGUGAUACAUGAAUGAUUGUAUGAUUCCUCCUCCAGACUCUACAUGAUUAUUCUGUUGAAAUGAAUAAGAAUCCAAAGACUAAUCAGUCAUACAGAUAUGCCACACAGCGGCCAAGGGGAAUAGGAGACAGACCUAUUCGCUUCAAAUGUUCUCUACAAAACACCAUCAUCGAUGUGCUGCGGUCUAAAGGAUGGACAGAGGUUAGAGAAGAAGAGACUGACUUUGAUAUCUUCUGGGCGGAUCGAGGUUGGAUGAAGGAGUAUUUUGAUCAAUGCUUCAUGCAAGACCAUGUACGCAUCAAUCAUUUCCGUAAUCAUUAUGAGCUAACAAGGAAGAACCUGAUGGUUAAGAAUCUGAAGAGACAUCGCAAGAUGCUGGAAAGAGAGGCUGGCAAGAUAGAGGCAUCAAAGUGCGACUUUUUCCCUAUGACGUAUGAGCUGCCUUCGGAGUAUCACAUGUUUGUGGAUGAGUUUAAGAAGUAUCCUGGCUCUAUUUGGAUCAUGAAACCGGUGGCUAAAUCUCAAGGCAAAGGCAUCUUUCUCUUCAGGAAACUCAAGGACAUAACAGACUGGAAGAAGAGUGACACGUACCGUCCAAGAGAGGAGAAAAAUGAUGACAAGGAACCAGUAGAGACAUACAUCGUGUCCAAGUAUAUUGAGAAGCCUUACCUUAUAGGUGGAAGGAAGUUUGAUCUCAGGGUCUAUGUACUAGUAACUUCCUACAUACCUCUGAAGGCAUGGUUAUACCGGAGUGGCUUUGCCAGGUUUUCCAACACUCGCUUCUCUCUUGAUUCCAUCGAUGAUGCUUAUGUUCAUUUGACCAAUGUAGCCAUCCAGAAGACUGCUCCUGACUACGACGCAGAGAAGGGGUGUAAGUGGUCCAUGCCUCAGAUCAAAAGAUACUUCACAGCUAAACAUGGCAUUGAAAAUGUUGAACAGAUGUUUCGGAAUAUGAACGAUAUCUUCAUCAAGAGCCUCCAGAGUGUUCAGAAGAUUAUGAUCAACGACAAGCACUGCUUUGAGCUCUACGGUUAUGACAUCCUUAUAGAUCAAGACCUGAAGCCCUGGUUGAUAGAGGUAAAUGCCUCUCCAUCACUAACAGCAAGCAGUGAAGAAGAUUACAUCCUCAAGUUUGGUCUCCUGGAAGAUGUCCUUCACAUCAUAGAUAUGGAAGGAAGGAUGAUGGGUAAAGAGAAGCGGAUAGGAGGAUUUGAUCUGAUGUGGGACGAUGGACCCGUCAUGGCUGAAGAGGGCGGUGUGGACUGUAUCAGCCCUCCUUCAUACUCAACAAACACAUUCCUGGGCUGCCACAAUGACAGGAAGAGACAACUUAGGCAACUCUUCAAACAGCUAGCUGCUCAACGCAAAACGUGACACCAUCUCAUUGUGAAUAGACUGUCGUUUCCAAAUUGCCUUAUGCCUGUGUGCUAUUUGUUGAAGUCAGAUGAAGUUUGUGCAAUGCAACUCCUAGAUAAUGAUAUCAGUAGAUCUGAUGCUGUUGAGUAGAUAAGUGUUAACUCAUCCACUUAAGAUGGAAGAUACCUCCUAUAGUCAUCAUUGAUCAUGGGAUAGAGUUAGAUAAAUAAGAAGUCUCUGGUCCGAAUCAGGUAAAGGAAUGUCUGAUUCAAUCUGCUGGGCCCCAAAGAUGCACUUAUAUGGAUAAACAUUCACAGUAUAUUAUCUGG